UAAACACUAAAUUAUUGCUCCUCCCCACUGUUCCUUAAAAGCGGCAACUCUAAAUUCGCUCAGUACCAUGGAUGUAAUUUGUCCCAGCAGGGGCCUUCAGUUCAUUUAAAGCAAUUAGGCCUUGUUUUAUAAUCUCUUUGGUUUCUUCUUACCAAUGUUUGUUUUCUCUAAUUAAUUAAACAUUUGAAUGUUAAUUAAUUGCCAGACACUAUACUAGACACGGAAACCCUGGUGGCAUAGUGGUUAAGUGCUACGGCUGCUAACCAAAAGGUCAGCAGUUAGAAUCCCCCAGGCACUCCUUGGAAACUCUAUGGAGCAGUUCUACUCUGUCCUAUAGGGUUGCUGUGAGUCGGAAUCGACUCAACGGCAGUGGGUAUGUGGGUAGUGGGUAUACUAGACACAGUAUACAAAGAUAACACGUUAUCUCUACCCUUGAGAUACUGUGUACAUCAUUACUGAACACCUACUAUGUGCCAGGCACUGGGCCAAGCCUUAAGGGUACAAAGAUGAAUAAGCAUUGACUGUACAGCCUAGUGAGAGGAGACAAGUACAUGUAAUUUUGGGGGGAGGAGGGAGCACCUAAAGUGAAGAAUUAUUAAGUUCAGAAAGGCAACAAAGGAAAAAGGGUCAGCAGGCAGGAAAGGAAGCACAAAGAAGGGGAUGCAAUCUGUAGUUUGAAAGAUGAUUUGCCAGAUGGAAGUAUGGGAUGCAGGGGCAGUCUGCUUCUAGAGGAAACUGCAAAUAGGAUAUGGUUAGAAAACAGAGUACGAGUCUUGCCAGGAUUAAAACGAGAGGCAAGGGCAAUGACUGGUGCCACACAGUGCUAAGGGUUUACCUUAUCUUAAGAGCAGUGGGAAGCAACAUAAGAUUUCUGUUUUAGAAAGAACACUCUGGCAGCACCAUAGAAGAUGACUAGGUUGGGGCAGGACUACUUGGAGACUCACCAUAGUAUUUCAGAAAGACUGUGACAUCUUGAACCAGAGCAAGGGAGGUAAAGACAUGAAUUUGAGAACAAUGGAAGGGCGGAAUCUGCAGCACUUUGUUACCCUUUGUGUAAAAUGAAGGAAAGGAGUGGCAAUGUCCAGAAUGUUUCUUGGGUGUCUGGCUUAGAGACUGAUGUAAUUAAUUCGAGGUGAUACCUGCUAUAACAUAUAUGUGUGCAUGUUAUACAGGGGUGGUUAUAGGUCAGCCCACAGCUGGUGGAAGAUGACAUGUGAGCCCAGGAAUCAUUCCAGGGUCAUUGUCCUAGACAGAAAAGAUGGAGAGAAAACAGGAGCUGAGGAUCAAGAGGUGUUCCUCUUUGCCAGGCAGUAACAUUACGCCCAUGGGUCGUCCCCAAGGGUUGCGUUUAGAUUUCCCGCUGAUGUUCAGGAAAGCCUGGCUUCCCGUCCACUCCGCGGAGCGCUCCGAGGCGAGGAGCCGCUGGGCCGCCAGAGGGCGCCAUGCGGGCCGCGGUGACCCAGGAGCUGCGUCAUGGCCGCCACGCGUGUGCUGCUGCUCCUGUCCGGGAACUCUGAAUCCGCGAGCUUCGCACGGAGCGUGUGUGGCAUCCUGGGCGCCGGGCCUGAGCUCGGGCCAUGGCCCACGUACUGCAGCUUCAAGCGAGGACAUCUCGUCCUCUCGGCCAGGCCGUUCCCAGGCGCAUCAGCCAGGCUUCCGCUCCAGCGACCCCCUUUCUGCCCUUUUGCGGCCCUGGACCAGCAACCCAGGGCCUCCGCGCCCGAGCUGCCCACAAACCGAGGUGUGGAUUUGGGUGUAGCCGUCGUUCUGCAGUCCAGUGACCAGACUGUCCUGCUGACACGAAGGACCCGCACCCUCAACAUUUCCCCCAAUCUCUGGGUACCCCCAGGUGGGCAUGUGGAACUUGAGGAGGAGCUGCUGGACGGAGGACUUCGAGAGCUUUGGGAGGAGAGUGGACUGCAGCUGCCCCAGGGCCAGUUCUCCUGGGUCCCUCUGGGGCUAUGGGAGUCUGCCUACCCUCCUAGGCUGAGCUGGGGUUUCCCCAAAUACCAUCACAUCGUUCUCUAUCUACUUGUGAUCUCCCAGGAGUCACAGCAGCAGCUGCAGGCACGGAUCCAACCAAACCCAAGUGAGGUGAGCGCCUUUAUGUGGCUGGGACCAGAUGUAGCAGCUGCAGUGGCUGCCACAGAGGAUGGAGCAGAGACAACCAGAACUGUCCCCCAGGACCUACCACCCUCUGUACCGCACAGACCAGACAGAAGUUGUCAUUACACAGUGCAGUGGAGCUGCAGGAGGAUGGAGAAUUCCAACCUCUGGCCGUGCCCAUGUCCACACUGCUGCAGACGACCCCAACCACAGCAGAGGCCAAAGAGAGAGUCAGCACGGGGACUAAGUUUGCCCUCAGGCUCUGGCUGCAACACUUGGGCAGGUAAGAGUAUAGUACUUGAGGGCUCCACGUCACUGGGCUGGAUGGUCUAGAUGUGGUUUUAUGGGCAUGGGGGAGAGGAAGGAAGAAAGAACAACUGCUCUUGGAAAUCCUCAGUGUGACACCCCCACCAUGUAAAAGUGGAGCUCGCAUGGACCCAGGGCCAGCAAAGGAAGCGCCGAACAUGGACCCCCUUCCCCCGAGCCAGGGGUCUGGAAAACAAAGUCCGUAGCCC